CGCCUCUCUCCCGGGUAAAGGCCCGCCAGGAUGCCCAUCAUGGUGGAUGACAUCAUGAAACUGCUGUGUGCCAUUUCUGAGCAGAGGAAAAUGCAGGCGGCUGUCAAACACUCUGGAAAGGGCGCCCUGGUCACCGGGGCCGUGGCCUUUGUGGGCGGGCUGGUCGGUGGCCCACCGGGACUAGCCGUUGGUGGGGCCGUCGGGGGUCUAUUAGGUGCCUGGAUGACAAGUGGACAGUUCAAGCCAAUCCCUCAGAUCUUAAUGGAGCUGCCGCCUGCCGAGCAGCAGAAGCUCUUUAACGAAGCCACUGCCAUCAUUAGGCACCUGGAGUGGACAGACGCCGUGCAGCUGACCGCGCUGAUUAUGGGCAGCGAGGCCCUGCAGCAGCAGCUGCUGGGGAUGCUGGUGAAUUAUGUCACCAAGGAGCUGCGGGCCGAGGUUCGGUACGAGGACUAGGCCACGCCUCCACGGGUGCGGGUUUCCUGUAGGUGAUUCCGUGAUCUCUGCUGUGACUGCGGAGUCGGGGGAGGCCCAGUGGGUUCUCUGAGAAAUCCACACGUCUCAGUGUCCUACCUAAACUGGAGCCAGGUCACCUGCCGGAGAGGCGCCUGUGCUGCACCGCGUGCUGGAAGUCGUUCAUGAAGACGUUGUGUUUCUCUGAUCGUGUGCACUCAUGUGUACCCACAGCCCUUCAACUGGAAGCCGGUGAAAAGCAAAGGCUUGCUGGGUGCAGGCGUCAGGGAAGCCUUGGCCUGUUGGGGUCUGGAGGAAAGUUCUGCCCAGCUCACUGUCCCACCACACGGCAUUCUCCUCCUUCAGGGCCUUCUGGGCUUGUAAGAGGACUUUUCUGUGCAGGACUGAGGACCCCCCUUCUCCCUGGCAGAGUUUCAGGGCCUCAGAACCAGCUGGAAUCAUGUUGCCUCCUACAUGUGCCCUUGCCCACCCAGUAACUUCUCUGUGACCUCAGGGAGGGGGAGUGUCAGCCUGCUGGUGAAGCUACAGACCCUAAGUGCACUCGGCCCCUUCUCCCUGUAGCCACACCCCAAGGUUCGCCCCUUUCUGGGGUCCUGCUUUCCCCAACUGAAAAGUCAUGGUAGUUUUAGAGUUAUGCUUUUUAAAUGACUUUUUUUUUUUUUCAGGAAAAACAUUGCUCUUUCUGAAGUGGUGGGAUUGUAAACUACCUCUAAGAAAUGUUUCUGCCCUCAAAGUUCCCUGAACACUGUAUUUAUUUUCUUUCAGAGUUAUAGCUUGAGGGCCCAGCAGGAGGCGCAGCGGUGGCAGAACCCUCUAUGUGAUGCAGGUCCCACAUAGAAAGUCCCAAGGUCAUGUCCCGGGACUUCCCUCUGCAUUCAGGACUUGCACACCUGUGGGUCUGUGGUCCGGGCUGGCUGAGGCUGGGUGGGACAUGGCGUGAGGACUUUGUUGGCUAUGUGCCCCCCCCACUGGAAGAAGUAAAUGAAUAAACAAAAUAAAACACUACA